ACACACGCACACACACACACGUCGUCCAAAUGGAGCUGCUUUGAGCCACUGUUUGAUGUCCCGGCAUUGAUGAGAGCCUGUCGUCUUUGUGGGUCUGCUGCAGCUGCCGUGUGCUGAUAGGGUAUGCCUCAUGUGUCCUGUUUGUGGGGUUUUGUGAGCCAACCAGUUCAAGGCCUCUAAACUUGUUGUGGAAUGGUUUAUCAUCAUGAUAUCCACAUGGGUGUCAGUGAUUGCCAUGCUGGCGGCAUUUGUGAAUGGAGACAGAAAAGACGCUGUCACACAGCCCUGUGCGACGGUCCAGACGUCCAGCUCGGUGGUAGCUCUGGGGUCACCUGUCACAGCCACCUGUGUCAUCAGAGACGACUGCCCUCUGGCCACUGGACAAGCUGUUCGUAUCGAGUGGCGCCUCAAUGACCGCUCUGUCCCCGACAGCUUUGUAGCCAAUGAGAGCAGCAGGAUUUCCCAGGUUGUUUUACAAAGCUUCAAUGACACCAGGGCGGUCCUCACCUGCUGCACCCAGGGCCCUUCUGCUGUCAUCCUGGGAGGAGUGGAGAUCAGAGCGGGAUAUCCCCCUUCAGCCCCAGAAAACCUCUACUGUUUGACAAACCUGACCACCCCGAGCACCAUUUCCUGUCGCUGGGACCCCGGACAGCGUGAAACCCACCUUCUCACCAAGUACAGCCUCCACACACACAUCAGGGAUUCAAAUGAGAACUUUACUUACAAGCUGCUUCCUGGAAAGCACCGCUACACCAUCCCUCGCUCGGACUUUGUCUUCUUCUCUGAAAUGGAGAUAUAUGUGAAGGUAACAAAUGAACUUGGAGAAACAACCUCAGAUCCUGUCGUUUUGGAACCAGUAAGUGCAGCUAAAUUUGACCCACCAAAGAUUCUGAGUAUCCAAGCGAUACCUAGAAGGUACGGCUGCCUAACGCUGAGAUGGGCCUUAUCCCAGCACCAGACCUGGAUGCAGGCCGCACGCCUGAACCUGGAGGUCCGAAUGAGGACCACUGACCACGGUCAAUGGAGUGAACAAAUCACCGCACUGAACCGUGUGAGAGCAACAAAAUCCGUUGACCAGUGUCGCCUCCUCCACGGGACUCGCUAUAUUUCCCAGAUCAGAGUCAGAUACCAACAAAGCCCCUGGAGUGAAUGGAGCAGCAGCCAGUCUGGAGUCACCUUGGAGAGUGCUCCGACUGGACGCUUAGACUCCUGGGUGAAGACUUCAGGAGAUCAAAUGCACAAACAACGUAACAUACAUUUGUUUUGGAAGCCUUCAAAACAAUUUCAUGCCAACAGCCAAAAUGUGUCAUAUGUUGUCUCACUGCAAAAAGGUGAAAAGGGUCAGGUGUGUGUUACAGUGGGGAAUUACUGCUCCUUCCAGCUCCCUGCAAAAGCAAAGAAGGUGUAUCUGAGUGCAGUAAAUGCAGCAGGGAAAUCCACCCCCACUGAAGUUCGCAUUUACACCCCUAAAGCUCAUUCUGCUUUACUGGGCGAUAUCGUGAUCACCCCCUAUGACGACAGAUCCCUGCUGGUCCGAUGGACAGGUCUAGAUUCCUCUGCUCUCACUGGUUAUGUGGUCGAAUGGAGACCUUUGUUACAAACAGACCCCUCCUUCGUCGGCUUUGAUAUCGUCGACCGAAACCAGUCAAGCCUCAUCAUAACAGGCAGCUUUGAGCCGUACAAGCCCUACGGGAUCUCUGUGUAUCCCAGGUUUAAGGACGGGAUAGGGCUGCCUCAGACUGCUAAUGCCUACGCCAGACAAAAGGCUCCAUCUAUGGCUCCAAAAAUGAGAAUUAAAAAGACCUGGCAGUCUCAUGUUGAGCUCACCUGGGAUGAAAUACCAUUAGACCAAAGGAACGGGAUUAUCCAAAGCUACAGUGUGUUUUACUGGGCUCAGAAGGGACCCGUUCACGUUGUGAAUGCAAAGCCCGAUGAGAGGAGGGUUCUGCUCAAAGACCUUAACAACAGGCUUUUGUAUGACGCCUUCAUGAUGGUCAGCACACUUGGUGGGAAUUAUAAUGGAUCAGUAAUCCACUUUGGUGUUGAGCCUUUCGAUGCAGUCGCUGUUGUGAUGAUUGCAAUUUCAUCCUGCGUUGCUCUGUCUUUGAUGGUAAUUUGUUUGGCCAUGACUUGUUUCUCCAAGCACAAAAGAUUGAAGAUGCGUCUUUGGCCAAUUGUUCCAGAUCCAGCUAACAGUAGCAUCAGGAAAUGGUCAUCAGAAUCAUUACAGGAAUCCCUCCGUACUUCAGACAGCGAGGAGCCCAACCCAGUAUUCCUGACCCACCUCAGCUUCUUGGACCUACAUAUGACAAUGACAAAAGAGAAGGAUGACCUUUUCCUGAGCGACCCGGAGGACACCAGCGACCUGGGAGAGUCCAUCUGUGGUUCACCAUUCAUCCCUGGCUACUCUGGAACUAACAGUGAUUCUGUUCCCUACGCCACCGUCAUCUGCUCCAGUCCAUGUUCCAGUCCACCGUCCAAGGACUGUCAUGUCUACCUGCGCUCCGAGUCCACGCAGCCGCUUCUGGAGACAGAGGAAGCCUUCACCCCAAAGUGCUACCAGAUUAUUCCAUCUGAUAGGAUGAUGAAGAGGGAGCAGUGUUUCUUUGGGCCAUGCCCUAAUGAUGAGGUUGAGGGAGAGGCAGAUAUUGUGUGGAAUGAGUUUCCUUUUCUACGAGCAUUAGCCAUGAAUGAACCUCACAAUGACUAAAAGUAUUUGGCUGAUUGGAAGAGAAAGAUGUUUGUGCAAAUUUGACUUUAUAUUGUGAGCCUGAAUGAUGCAUGAGGUAUGAUGAGAUGUGAGGUAUAAGAUGUGAGAAAGAGCUGUAAAUGCAAGAUACUGAAGACAAAACAUUUUUUUCUGUCAGAUGAUUGAGAUGCUUGUGCUUGUUUUCUGUACUGAACUAUGAAGCUGUGAAAAUACAUCAUUCCUAUGUUUGAAAAUAAACAUUUCUUUCCUUAAAAAGA